UGCACUAAAUAUUUUUGACAAGUUGCAUCAGAACUGCAACCACCGAGUUAAUAAAUAACCCUUGAAAACAAAUAACAAAGCAUAUUCAACUUCCAAAAGCAAAGUCUAUCUCCAAACCAAACCUUGUUUCAUUUCUGUUCUCAUACCUACAAAAUGGCUGAAGCUUUGAUUGGAAUCGUGAUAGAAAACCUUGGAUCUUUUGUUCGAGAGGAGAUUGCAUCCUUUUUGGGUGUUGGAGAAUUGACCCAGAAACUAAAUGAAAACCUCACCACAAUCCGUGAUGUACUAAAAGAUGCUGAAAAGAAGCAAAUAACAAACGAUCCUGUGAGGAACUGGCUGCAAAAACUGGGUGACGCUGCUUAUGUACUUGAUGAUAUAUUGGAUGAAUGUUCAAUAACUUCAAAAGCGCAUGGAGGCAACAAGUGCAUCACUAGUUUCCAUCCUAUGAAGAUUUUGGCUCGUCGCAACAUUGGAAAGAGGAUGAAGGAGGUUGCUAAAAGGAUUGAUGAUAUUGCUGAAGAAAGGAUCAAGUUUGGAUUUCAACUAGUGGGAGUCACAGAGGAGCACCAACGAGGAGAUGAUGAAUGGCGCCAAACUAUUUCUAUUGUUACCGAACCGAAAGUAUAUGGAAGAGACAAAGAUAAAGAGCAGAUUGUAGAGUUUCUUCUAAAUGCUAGCGACAGUGAAGAACUCUCUGUCUGUUCCAUUGUUGGUGUUGGCGGACAAGGAAAAACAACACUCGCUCAAGUGGUCUUCAAUGAUGAAAGGGUAAAAACACAUUUUGACUUGAAAAUAUGGGUGUGUUUCGGACGAUUUCAGUUUGAUGAAAAUUUUAGAGUCCAUCACAGAAAACACCAUUGGAAAAAAUCUAGAUCUCUUGUCUUUAGAAACCUUGAGAAAAAAGGUUCAAGAAAUUUUGCAAAACAAAAAGUAUUUGCUUGUUCUUGAUGAUGUUUGGAGUGAAGACCAAGAGAAAUGGAAUAAGUUAAAGUCUUUGUUGCAACUUGGAAAGAAAGGUGCAUCAAUUUUGGUCACUACCAGACUUGAGAUUGUUGCAUCCAUCAUGGGAACUAAGGUUCAUCCUUUAGCACAGUUAUCUGAUGAUGACAUCUGAUCGUUGUUCAAACAACAUGCUUUUGGAGCAAAUAGAGAAGGGCGUGCAGAGCUUGUGGAAAUAGGCCAAAAGUUAGUGAGAAAAUGUGUGGGUUCACCUCUUGCUGCUAAAGUAUUGGGAAGCCUUUUGCGCUUUAAAAGCGAUGAACAUCAAUGGACUUCUGUGGUGGAAAGUGAGUUUUGGAAUUUAGCAGAUGAUAACCAUGUCAUGUCUGCUUUGAGACUGAGCUACUUUAACUUGAAAUUGUCAUUGAGGCCAUGUUUUACUUUUUGUGCUGUUUUUCCUAAGGAUUUUGAAAUGGAAAAGGAAUUUUUCAUUCAACUUUGGAUGGCUAAUGGACUUGUUACAUCUAGAGGAAACUUACAGAUGGAGCAUGUUGGUAAUGAGGUAUGGAAUGAAUUAUAUCAAAGGUCAUUUUUUCAAGAAAUCAAAUCAGAUUUAGUAGGUAACAUUACAUUCAAAAUGCAUGAUUUAGUCCAUGAUUUAGCUAAGUCUGUUAUUGGAGAAGAAUGUAUGGCUUUUGAGGCUGAAAGCUUAGCUAAUCUGUCAAGUAGAGUUCACCAUAUAAGUUGCUUUGAUACUAAGAGAAAAUUUGAUUACAACAUGAUUCCUUUCAAAAAAGUUGAAUCCUUGCGAACCUUUCUUUCAUUAGAUGUGUUGCUAUCACAACCUUUCUUGAUUCCUCUCCGAGCUUUAGCUACAAGUUCAUUUCAACUCUCAUCAUUGAAGAAUUUAAUACAUUUGAGGUUGUUGGUACUUUGCGAUAGUGAUAUCACAACCUUGCCCGCGUCUAUUUGUAAACUGCAGAAAUUGCAAACACUUAGAAUUGAAUCUUGCAAUUUUUUCUCUAGUUUUCCCAAACAAUUCAAAAAAUUGCAGGACCUUCGACAUCUCAUGAUUGAAGAUUGUCCAUCAUUGAAAUCAACUCCUUUCAGAAUUGGAGAGUUAACUAGUCUGCAAACAUUGACCAAUUUCAUGGUUGGUUCAAAAACUGGGUUUGGUUUAGCAGAGCUACACAAGUUACAAUUAGGAGGCAAGCUAUACAUCAAAGGUCUUGAGAAUGUGUCGAACGAAGAUGAUGCUAGAGAAGCUAAUUUGAUUGGAAAGAAGGACUUAAAUCGCUUAUAUUUGUCAUGGGGUGAUUCAAGAGUUAGUGGUGUUCAUGCUAAGCGAGUACUUGAAGCUCUUGAGCCCCAGUCAGGAAUUAAGCAUUUUGGGGUGGAAGGUUAUGGGGGAACAGAUUUUCCUCAUUGGAUGAAAAAUACUUCUAUUCUGAAAGGUUUAGUUCGUAUUAUUCUCUCUGACUGUAAAAACUGCAGGCAGCUUCCUCCAUUUGGUAAAUUACCAUGUUUAAAUAUUCUUUUUGUAUCUGGAAUGAAUGAUUUAAAGUACAUUGAUGAUGACAUGUAUGAACCUGCGACUGAGAAGGCUUUUACGUCAUUGAAAAAAAUGACUUUGCGUGACCUACCGAAUUUAGAGAGGGUGUUGGAAGUCGAAGGAGUAGAGAUGCUACCACAACUUUUAAAGUUACAUAUAAGAAAUGUCCCCAAACUUACAUUGCCACCCCUUCCAUCUGUUAAAUCAUUUUAUGCUGAAGGAGGCAAUGAAGAGUUAUUGAAGUCCAUUGUUGACAACAGUAAUCUUAAGUCACUUCACAUAUCCAAAUUUGCCAGACUCAUGGAAUUACCUGGUACGUUUGAACUCGGCACUUUUAGUGCCUUAGAAGAGCUUCGAAUUGAAUAUUGUGAUGAAAUGGAGUCAUUAUCAGAUAAAUUGUUGCAAGGUUUGAGUUCUCUUCAAAAAUUGUUAGUUGCUUCAUGCUCUAGAUUUAAAUCCCUGUCUGACUGUAUGAGAUCACACCUAACUUGUCUUAAGACACUUUAUAUCAGCGACUGUCCACAGUUUGUUUUUCCACAUAACAUGAACAAUCUAACUUCCCUGAUUGUCUCCGGGGUUGAUGAAAAAGUACUAGAAAGCUUAGAAGGCAUCCCCUCACUACAAAGUUUGUCUCUGCAAAAUUUCCUUUCUCUAACAGCCUUGCCAGACUGUUUGGGUACCAUGACUUCUCUUCAAGAAUUAUACAUCAUUGGUUUUCCAAAAUUAAGUUCACUACCAGACAACUUUCAGCAACUCACAAACUUGAUGGAGUUAAGUAUUGUUGAUUGCCCUAAGUUGGAGAAGAGAUGCAAGAGAGGAAUAGGUGAAGAUUGGCAUAAGAUAGCUCACAUUCCUGAAUUUUAUUUGGAAUCUGAUAAAAAACCAACAUUUUGUGAUAAUAUCAUAUCAGCAUGGAAGAAGCAAUUCUGGGACCCCUGUCAAAGCUCUUACUCUGGAUGGAGUUAUUUUGACUCGAUGGUUAAAGACGAGGAUAAAUAACGCUGUUGUCUUCAUUCUUACGUGUUGUCGCACCGAAGAAAUUGUAGACUCAUGGACAUCUUUCUCAAGCAUCAUCAUCUGGAUGUUCUUCAAAACAACACAGCAUCUCUUAUUAAUGCAUUUGACUGUUUCUUAGGAUGAUUCUUUUUAGUUUGAACUGCAACUUUUUAACACAAGUAUUGGUUUGUAAGGUUAUUGAGUAGUGAUUUAGAUGGGAGAGAACCGAGCUCUCGAAACUUAGUGACAGUACUGUGUCUGUUUUCUUUGUAAUAUUUCAAUUAUGCAGCGCAGCAGUGUAAAUGCUUGUAUUCAAUGUCUGUUUGAGACCAUUUUCUUUAGAGUUUCAUCAAUAAAAUCGUUGUUAUUCAGUGAA